AUGGAUCAUAUGAAUAUGAGUGGAGGUGAGGUCGUAGACUGGGUCGACGAUCAUAAGACUGAGCUUCUUCUUGCUGUAUAUGAGGGUAAUUUAGCUAGAAUUCAAUAUCUGUUAGAUGUUGAAGGUGUUCAUGUUGAUUCAUCUGAUGAUGAUGAUGUUACAGCAGUUCAGAUUGCAGCUUUUAUGGGCAACAAUAUGUUGGUUAGCUAUUUACUUGAUCGAGGAGCAGACUUAGAAUCAACUAGUCAAGUUGGUAUGACACCUUUCUUGCAUGCUUGUCGAGAAGGAAAGCUGUCUGUUAUCGAUACAUUACUACAACGUGGAGCUGAUAUACAUAAAUGCUCUGGAUUAGGAGCUAACGCUUUAACAUUAGCAGCAGCUGGAGCUCAUAUGGAUGUGGUAAAGAAGCUUGUCAGCUUAGGUGUAGGAACAUCUCAACCGACAUCGCAUGGCAUAUGCCCGACCCCCUUAAUAGCAGCAGCUUUUCGUAACAGCCCACAGAUCUGUGGUUUUCUUAUUUUGAGAAAGGCAGCUGCCGUCGAUGAAACGAUGGAUUCACUACUGGGGUUAUCCGCUUUAUCUUGUACAGUCAUGUGUUCAACAACAACAGUCGUCUUUUCAGCUUUAUUAGAUUUAGGAGCUGAGCCACGUAAAAGAACCUUAAAAAACAAAACAGCCUAUGAGUUAGCUCGUAUGAGGAAUCGACAAGAAUUCGAAAUAAUCUUGAAUAGUAAAAUGAGAAAACGCUAUGAUGUAAAUUUUAUUGAUGUUAGACAAUUCAUCUUGGAAGAAUGCACUGGAAGUGCUGGAUUGAAAGCUCGCAAAGAUGAUGUGCUACCUGAUGGCAGUACGCCAAUCUUCUUUGCAACAUCCAUUGGAAAUUCAACAAUGGUUUCUGAGUUACUUAACAUGUCUGUCCAAACACACAUAGCUGAACCAAAAUACGGAUUAUUACCAAUUCAAAUAUCAUCCAUGUUACAAUUAGAUACUAUCACGACAAUGUUAUUGCCCUUAAGUAAUAUAUGUUAUACGAAUAAUCAACAAAUGACAUGUUUUGAUUAUUAUAUUUCAACUUUAAAUGAUCAUGACGCGGGUAUGAGGGCAAAGAUUCAUUGCUUUAAACCUCAAAAGUUAGAAGCCAAAUUUAAUUUAAGCUCAAGCUCCAAUUCAUUUACAAAGGCUUUACUAUCUAAAGUUGCGUCACAGUUUUCAAAUGAGAAAUCAAGUGAACAGUCAAGCAUAUCCAUGACUGAUUGGAGAGAUGCUCGGCUUCAUCUGAUGCCAGUUGAAGGACGUAAUAACAAGAAAUUGAUCUUAACUGAACAACUCUUACAUCGAACAAAGGCUUUAUCACCCAAACGAACUAACACUUUGGAUACUGUAAUGGAAGUUAUACGCAAUUUAGCAGCUGAAGCUCAAACAUUUGAAGUUAAUUGUUUUUAUGAUUAUUAUGUUGGUAAUGGAGAGGAAGGAGAUGAUGAAGCGAAUACGGAAAAGCAAAAAAGCCAUUACGAUUCAGCUCUAAUGUUCUCAAGCCUAUACGGAUAUCAGCCGAAGCCAUCAAUAAUAGUUCCUUCAUCGUCAUCAGCAUCAUCUAUACGUAACUAUCCUAUAGUUAUUCAUAAGCGAGAUAUAAGUGAUCCAAGCAGUAGCUUAGGUCGUAAAACAAGAACAUUAUCAUUAUAUGAAGUUCCAUCAACAAAUCAAUCACGUACAACACCUCGUAUGUUAAAGAAGACUCGAGAUCAGACAUCAAAUGAUGAUUCAACAAAUAAAAUAAUUUCAAAUUACCAUAUAAGAGCUCCCCGAGCACAACCUUCUCGACCAAAUGUCCAUGAUAUGCCACGUUAUACAUCAUAA